AUGGAGGUGCUCCAUAGUAGCCACUCUUCUUUUGAAGUUUGUAGACUACCUCCUGGAUGGACUAAUCUCCCCUUUUGCUAUCCUCUUCUCCCACAAGUUAGGGCGUUGAAGUUCGAUAUAACCUAUCAUGAUCGCGACUCCGUAAGUCCGGGCUACUGGUUCGUUGCGCCUUAUGGCGUGAUUGAUCCAGAGCCUCCGACGAAGCAAUGGAAGCCGUGCCAAGUUGGCCCCUAUAUAUACGAUGCAGAUGGUACUCUCAUCUGGGCUGGAUCGUGCUUGUAUGACAACCGCAAUAUCUUCGAUUUCAAAGCGGUGCCUAACAUUGAUGGCGGCUCUCACUUGUCAUUCAUCUUGCAGCAUGCAUAUAGGACCAAUGACAUUGAUAAGGGGACCGGAUAUGUCUUAGAUCAGCAUUAUGAAACAGAGAAAGCCGUUCCGGUGACCAAUGAUCUCGGCGCAUUCAACAUGCACGAAUUUAACAUCCUCGACGGUGGGAAGACGGCUUUGGCUUGCGCAUAUCGAAACAAGUACAUGAGUCUGGGUGACCUUGGUCGUCCCGAUGAGUACGGUUGGGCUGUCACGGGUGGUUUUGUUGAACUGGAUACGGCUACGGGUGAGGUGCUUUUUGAAUGGGAUUCAGAAGGCUACAUCCCUAUCGAUGAAUCUGUGAAAGUGGGCCCAUCGACACCAGCUUCUGGCGAGCCUGGCUGGGAUUACAUUCAUGUUAACGCGGUCGAUAAGAAUGCUGCGGGAGACUAUAUCCUCUCAGCCCGGUUCACGAGCACUAUCUACCUCAUCUCCGGGCAGGACAAAAGUAUUAUCUGGCGCCUUGGUGGGGAAAAGUCUGAUUUCGUCCAAGACUUCACAUUCUCCAAGCAGCACCAUGUUCGCUUUGUCGAAUCUAACGCCACACACACGACCAUCUCGUUCCUCAAUAACGCUUCAGACGAGGUCGAACAGGAAGAAAACAUCUCCGCUGCUCUCAUCGUGCAACUCCACACCAGUGUUUCCCCGAUGACCGCGAAGGUCAUUGAGCGAUACAACCGUCCUGACGGAGACCUUACUCGGCUGCGCGGAAGUGUGCAAAAGCUGUCUAAUGGGAAUGUCUUCGUUGGUUGGAGUGAACGAGGAUAUCAAUCUGAGCACUCCCCCGACGGCAAGCUUCUUAUGGAAGCUGGGUUUGCUUCCUCUCGCUUCUCCACCUACCGGUCGUACAAAUUCGACUUCACUGGUCGGCCCAGUGCCCCGCCGGACGUGGUCUCGUCCGUCUAUGGAACAGACGAAACCGAUCUCACUACCAUUUUCCACGUGAGCUGGAACGGCGCAACGGAUGUUGCUUCGUGGAAUCUCUACGCACGGGUGAACCAAGACGGGAUGCCUGUGCUGGUAGGCAACACCACCAAACUCGACUUCGAGACGAUGUACAUUGUGGAUGGUUACCUAGAUUGGGUCUCAGUGGAAGCUGUGGAUGAGGACGGAAACGUCCUGGGUACCUCCAAGAUUCAACGGACCGAAACCCCGAGUGACUGGCGACUUGCCGGGUUCCAAGGCGACAUCAUGCCAGCACCCCACGACCCAUCGAUUCUCUAUGGGGACAGAACCAUUGCCGAGGUCGAUGAUGAUGAUGAUGAUGAUGAUGAUACGGAAGAAACUGAAGAAGUCUACUUGAAGGCUCAGGAAGCGGCCGAAACCAUCUACAAGGCAUGGGAGGUCAUCCGAGGGGUCGGCGGCCUUCUCAUCUUCGUCCUAGUUCUAUGCUCUACAGGCGGGCUCCUGGCGGGUAUGCAUACCACGAGGUCGCUUCCGAGGAAGGCCAGCCAUUGA